GAUAUUCUUUCCUCUCUACAAAUCAGGUGGUCUUCCGGAAUUUAUCACUUGGAUAAACUAUGUUGGCUAGUUUACGAAAGGCUGUGAACUCGCCGCGUGCGAGCUGCGCGGUGCUGCAACAAACUCUACGACGACUUAGCCUAUUGGAGUACCAAAGCAAAGAUUUGCUCGCUCAGCACGGGGUUUCCGUCCAAAAGUUCCGUACUGCGGGUUCACCGAAAGAUGCGGAACAGAUUUCGCGCGAGUUCAGGGCUGACGAGUAUGUGAUAAAAGCUCAGAUAUUGGCUGGUGGACGAGGCAAAGGUGUCUUCGAUACUGGAUUCAAAGGUGGGGUGCAUUUGACGAAGAAGCCCGAGGAGGUACCCGGAUUGGUGAACGAGAUGUUGGGCCAUAAAUUGAUCACGAAACAGACGCCGAAAGAUGGCAUUCCUGUGACGAAAGUCAUGGUUGCCGAAUCGGUGGACAUCACAAGAGAAGUUUACGUCUGCAUUUUGUUGGACAGAUCCAGAGAUGGACCGAUCAUUAUUGCGUCCCCAGCUGGAGGAAUGGACAUAGAAGGAGUAGCUGAAAAAACGCCGCAUCUGAUCAAGACAUUCCCAGUGCCACUAAAUGGUCCAUUGAGCGAAACAAUUGCGUCAGAAGUCGUGAAAUUUUUACAAUUCGAAUCUUCGCGCGCUCCUGCGGCCGUGCGGGAGCUUCAGGCACUGUGGAAUUUGUUCACUGCUGUGGAUGCGACGCAAGUGGAAAUUAAUCCCCUGGCUGAAACAAAGGAUGGGAGAGUAGUUGCUGUGGAUGCUAAGAUAAACUUCGACGACAAUGCGGAGUUCAGACAGCGUGAAAUUUUCUCACUGGAGGACGCUGAGGAGAAGGAUCCUAGAGAAGUGCAAGCCGAGGCGUUCAAGUUGAAUUACAUAGGAAUGGAUGGAAACAUUGGUUGCCUUGUGAACGGCGCCGGAUUAGCCAUGGCCACAAUGGACAUCGUCAAGCUCCACGGCGGCAAUCCCGCCAACUUUCUCGACGUUGGAGGCUCUGUCCAGGAAGAUCAGGUGUACGAGGCAUUCCGUCUCCUCACUUCCGACUCUCGUGUCGAAGCCAUUCUGGUUAAUGUAUUCGCUGGUAUCGUCAACUGCGCCACAAUCGCUAAGGGCAUUGUGAAAGCGUCGAAAACAAUCGGACUUUCCGUCCCUUUAGUUGUUCGACUAGAAGGAACUAAUGUUGACGAAGCGCGGAGAAUAUUGGCUGAAUCUGAGAUGACUAUUGUGAUGGCGCAUGAUUUGGACGACGCGGCGAAAAAGGCGGUCGAGAGUACUCAAGAGCGAAAGAUGCAUUCUUCGACUAAUUCGAAGAGUGAGGAGCGAAAAUUUGCGAUGAUUCGCGAGAAAACUAUUCAACUAAUAUGUGGAAGUGCCGGGUAUGAUGUGGAUGAAAAAGCGUACGGAUUGAUCGCUGGGGACCUCAGUUACCGUAUUCGUGAUCUAAUCUACACCAGCAAGAUUUUUAUGAGGAGUGCAAAUCGCAAGAAAUUGACUGUGGAUGACAUAAACCGAACAUUGAAGCUGAAGCAUUUUCCCUCAAUUCUUGGGCAUUCUUCGAAAGACACUCCUGUCUUCAAACAUGUCGAGCAAGGGGGUUUCUAUUUCACAGAAGACAGUUUUGUGAAGUUGGUUGACCUUGCGUUUGACAAGACUCCCUUUUUCUUCCACGGACCCAGUCAUGUACAAACACGCUGGUUGGAUCACGGGUCACCAGAAUCAGAUUUCCGAAGUUCGCCGAUAAAAGUUCAGCAAUUGGAUCAAAAACCUCCGUUGGUGGAGAACCGUGAGAUGAAUUUGGGUGAUGAACUUCUGGAAAUGUAUCAGACGGCAAUUUCUGUUGUAUUGUCAGCCGAGUUGACAGAUGUGGAAGGAGAAGCCAUCGUUUGCCCAAUUCUCGAGCUUCUGAUGCAACCGCACAAUCCGCCAGAUUCAGUUGAGGACAUUCACUUGCGUUCCAAGUGCUUGCGAGUCCUCUCAACCCUCAUGCACGCCACGUGCAACGGGGCCAGUGUUCGAGAAUCAAUGGUUCAUGCAAAACUGCAGAAUUACUUCGAUUUGCCGACGGAGAAUCAUCGCGGCAUUUCUCGGGUCCUCGGAGUCUACACCACUUUGUCUCCGACCUAUGUCCUGAAGGACAUUGCCCGAACUGCCAUUGACCACAUGGACCACAUAUUAUCGAUGUUUCCGUCUCUGUAUUCAGAGAGUCCUGAUAUUUCCUGCGCCUUUGCCGAUGCUGUUGGCGAGCUGAAGCUUUGUUUGUAUUCUGUGUACAAACAUUUAUUACCGGAAGCAUUGGACGACCUUUACAUCGGUCCGGGUGUCCACAAGUACUCUCUUGAGUCCGUAGAAUUCACUCGACCUGCCGACCUCUUAUCCUCCUUCUACGACUUUUUCUACGGAACUUUUGGUGACGGGAUGCUUCACUUGCUUCUCCCACUCCUCAUUCCCCAAGAAUCUUAUGCCAAAGAAAUCGUGCGUCCGAGAAGAAGAAAAGUACCUGAGGAACCCCGAAUGACCCGCUACAAGAGCGCAUUCGCCACGUGGAGAACCAAAUUCAUUUGCGAACCCGGACAGUGGUUUGAGCGCUGUGAACGGAGGAGUUGGUUCGUCACCGUGAAUUUCGUGGGCGCGAAAUCGAAACCACCGGAAAAGCUGAGGUGUCCGAGGAACAGGUUAAAUCAUCCCGUGCAGUUUUUCGGGUAUCCGAAAGGACGGUGUCCGAAGGUUGAUUGGAAACCUUUGCCACAGUUGCCGAUGGGAGCUGAGAAGCGGUUUUGUGAAAGCUUACGUUGUCCGCCAGCUAAGAAUAUGUUCGACCAUUUUUACGCUGUGAUUCGUGGUCAUAAUCCUGGGAUUUAUUAUUGUUGGGAAGAUUGUCAGGAGGAAAUCGCUGGGUUCGUUGGGGCGCAUUAUGUGAAGUGCUUCACACUAGAGGACGCGGAAGCGAUUUUCUAUGAACCGGAUCCUGUCCGCGGUAGGAGUCGUCCGCCAUACAGGAGGUAUCCUUUUCCGGGGGCAUGUAAGCAGCCUUGGAUUCCUCCUAGAAUUCUGCGCGGGGGUCGUUCGGCGGAAAAUGGGGUGUUCGAUUUUACCGAUGAUGGAUAUGCCGUAUGUUACGCGGACGGAUCCUGUAUGGGCCGGUUGAAGAACGCUGGUGUUGGGGUCUGGUUUGGAGAUGAUCAUGUUGCGUGA